CAGCUGAAAUGCGCCUGAAUUCGGAUUGAUUUCAGAUAUUUGUGGACUUUAGUUAGGAAAGCGGACUCAGAUGUGCUCGUCUGAUCACACACACACACACCACCACUGACUGACAAACAACUGAUCUAAUUAUCCGCUGUGAUGGAGGACUCCCGUGGGGAUUAUCUGUGUAUAAAUGACCCGAAUGGGAACUGGUCAGAGUGUGAGGCUCAUGUGGACCCCGCGCUGGAGGCCUUCAGGAGGAAACUGAAGUAUUUCUUCAUGAACCCCUGUGAUAAAUAUAAAGCUCGGCAGAGGAAGCCCUGGAAACUCUUCCUGCAGAUCAUCAAGAUCGCCGUCGUCACUGUACAGCUGGUGUCGUUUGGUCUCAGUAAUCAGAUGGUGGUUCAGUUCAAGGAGGAGAAUCUGCUGACGUUCAGGCAUCUGUUCCUCAAGAACUACAGCGAGAGCAACACAAACACAUACGCCAUCUACACACAGCUGGACGUCUACACACACAUCACACACAUCGUCCAGCAGUUUCUGAUGUUGCCGAGUAUAACGGUGGGCAAUCAUGAGUAUGAGCAGGAAGGUGAUGUUUACACUCCGCUCUGCAUCUGCCAGCAGUUUUACCACAACGGCAGCAUCUCACCGGCCAACGAAACCUUCGACAUCGACAGCCGAGUGGAUCAAGAGUGUUCUCUGAUUUACCCGCAGGAUCCGUUCUCUGAGAGUCCGCUAAACUUCACUCUGCACUUCGAGAGGUUAUUAUCAGUGACGGUGAAUUUCACUCUGAAAGCCAUAAACCUGGAGACGGUGGAGUAUCACGAGCUGCCGGACUGUUACGUCUUCAACAUUAUGAUCCAGUUUGACAACAAGGCUCACAGCGGCAGGAUUCUGGUGGAUCUGGAUAAUGAAGUGCACAUCUAUGAGUGCAGUGAAUGGAGCAUGACCGGAGCCUCAGCGAGGAACAUGUAUAUGAUGGUUCUGUUUGACGUUGUGGUGAUUCUGAUCCUCUCCACAUCUUUACUGCUCUGCAUUCGCUCAGUGAAGGCCGGAGUCCUGCUGCAGAAGGAAUACAGCGAGUUCUCGAUGCGUCGCUACAGGAAGUGUGUGUCUCUGUCUGAGCGUCUGGAGUUCAUUAACGGUUGGUAUCUGCUCAUCAUCGUCAGUGAUGUUCUGACCAUCAGCGGAUCAAUACUGAAGAUCAUCAUCCAGCUGAAGGCGGUGGCGAGUUAUGAUCUGUGCAGUAUUCUGCUUGGCACCGGCACAAUGCUGGUCUGGAUUGGGGUCCUGCGCUACAUGGGAUACCUGAAGAAAUACAACUCUAUGUUGUGUGUGUGUUGUGUUGUUCAGAUCCUCAUCAUCACUCUGCGAGUAGCUCUGCCGAACGUGAUCCGCUUCACCUGCUGCGCUGCGAUGAUCUACCUGGGCUACUGUUUCUGCGGCUGGAUUGUUCUGGGCCCCUACCACACCAAGUUCCGCACUCUGAACACGGUGUCGGAGAGUCUGUUUUCUCUGAUCAACGGAGAUGACAUGUUCGCCACCUUUAAGAACAUGCAGCAGAAGAGUUUUGUGGUUUGGCUCUUCAGUCGUCUGUAUCUCUACACGUUUGUGUCUCUGUUCAUCUACAUGGUGCUCAGUCUGUUCAUCACACUCAUCACAGACACCUACGACACCAUCAAGCAUCAGCAGCUGGAUGGAGAGCCGGUAUCGGAUCUUCAGGCAUUCGUCCUGCAGUGUAAAGAUCUGCCAGAUUCUGGAGAGUUCAGUGUGGAGAAAACCAACAGCAUCAGCAGCACAGGAGGAGGAAAACUGAUGUGCUGCUGCUCACACAGGUCGAGUGACUCUGAUGACGACACACACUUCUCUGAAUGCUCCUCUUGAUGGAUGUUCAGUCAGAAUCUCUUCACGAUCAGCAGAAAUAAAUGAAGAGAAGGAAAACUGCAGCGGUGUUGAGAAUGAUCAAACAGAACAAUCCUGUGUUUAUAUUUCCAUCAUCUGAGCUUUUGUACCAUACACACAUUUCACUUCUGCAUUUAAGCUGAUUCUCUAAAUGUUGAAACACACAGACGAAGCGUCUGGAGGAUUUACAGCUCAUUUAAUUUUUCCAGCAACUCUUUGAUUUAUUUCUUCUCUUCAUUUUUUAAGUGGUGUCUUUAUUGAAAGUAUAUAAUAAAUGCUAGUUAGACCAGUGUGCAGUGCAUGCUCGUUUUGAGAACUGUAAUUAUGAUUCGUUUUUG